AUGAAUACCCGCCAGGUUAUCGAUGAGUCCGUCGGACCCUACUCCCUGUCGGCAACUUUCAACAAUGACAGCAGCUGUUUUUCAGUUGGUCUUGAGACAGGAUUUUGCGUGUUCAACUCGAAUCCGUGUGAACUCAAGACUUCAAUGCAGGCAUCGGUCUCGCAGAAAUGCUUGGUCAGUCGAACUAUCUCGCCAUCGUUGGUGGGGGGGCGAAACCCUAAAUUCCCUCAAAAUAAACUGGUGAUCUGGGACGAUGCCAAACAAAAAGCUGCCAUUACUCUCGAAUUCCAAACCUCUGUCUUGGGAAUCGGUCUCUCCAAAUCCAGAAUCGUCGUCGCGCUGCUGAACAGCAUCCAUGUUUUUGCUUUCGCAACCGAACCGAAGAAACUCUCCUUUUACGAAACAUGCGAUAACCCCUUGGGACUGGUUUGUCUGGGCGAGAAGGUGUUAGCCUUCCCCGGGAAAUCCGCCGGACAGGUGCGGCUAGUCGAAUUGACGACUGGGAAUAUCAGCAUCAUCCCAGCCCAUAGCUCUCCUCUACGCGCGAUGGCUCUUGGUCGCGAUGGGGAGGUGCUGGCUACGGCGAGCGAAACAGGAACUUUGAUUCGCAUAUUUUCUACAGGAAACUGCACGAAAUUGGAAGAACUGCGCCGCGGCGUUGACCACGCGGUGAUAUUCUCGGUCUCAUUCUCCCCCUCCAACUCUUUACUCGCGGUAACAUCCGACAAAGGCACCCUUCAUGUCUUCGAUAUACGUCGCCCGCCUCACACUGGCCACAGCGGUCAAUCCUCCUCCUCUGGUCCUGAAGAGACCACGAGCCACAAAUGGGGCUUACUGGGCAAAUUUCCCAUGCUCCCGCGAGUGUUUUCAGAUACGUACUCUUUUGCCAGUGCGCAUUUUGCGAUGGAUGGUGGGGCCUCACAAGAGCAAUUAUCGGCGCGAUCGUCUUCAUCAGGUGCUCAACCACGGAAGGGAGUCAUUGGCUGGUUGGAUGACAAUACAAUCCUGACCAUUGGCUCCGGUCGAGAAGGGCGAUGGGAAAAAUUUGUGCUUCGUGUUGGCGAUGAUGGGGAGCGGAGUUUCAAUCGGGAGGGCUGGAAACGGUACCUGGGUGGGUGA